AUGAUUCUCAGUGGACUGGAAGUCGUCAGCCGCCAAUUAGUGCGGAACAUAAGGCACAUUGGCCAGCAGCAGCAACCAUGUGGGAUCGACCUCACUUUACGACAGGUUUCCAAAUGGACCUCAGCGGCUUGUAUUGAUUUCGAUAAUACAAAACGCCAGGCGGCAAAAGCCUCCACCAUCACAUUCGACAUCGCAAAUCGAGCGAUCACACUUCCUCCAGGCGCUUACUUGGUUGACUUCAACGAAACUGUUCAAAUUCCACGAAAUUGCAUGGGUAGCGUCUUUCCAAGAUCAUCUUUAUGGCGGUCUGGUGCUAGUAUCACCACCGGAGUCGUCGAUGCGGGAUAUGAAGGUGCUAUGGGGGCUUUAAUGGAAGUGAAAAAUCCCCAUGGGAUUCUUCUCUAUCAAAACGCCAAGCUGGCUCAAAUUGUAUUCGAGGAAUUGAAGACAACAGUCGAUGGAUACAGCGGUAUUUACCAGUCCUCGACAAGUAGCAUUGGGCUUGAUGGUAAACACCUCUGA